UGCUAGCUUGCCUGCAGCAACGCAACAACAUCGCUACAAUAAAUCACACCACCCGGAGCCAUGGCCGACCCAAGAAUACGACAGAUUAAGAUCAAAACCGGCGUUUUGAAGCGGCUGGCCAAAGAGGAGGCGUCGUACAGGACGGAAGCCAAGCAGCAGGAGGAGAAAAUCGAGCAGUUGAAGGCGGCGGCGGCUGACAGUUUCCUCAUCAAGCAACACGUGGCGAGCUUGCAGGAGACACUCAUGAUGAUCCCGGACAGCCGACGUCGCAUGACCAUCGCCCACGGCGACCUGCUGCAGCUGCUGGAAGCGGAGGAGGAAUUGUCCGAGUCGGCCGAGUACCAGGAAGCCAAAAGCGUGUUGGAAUCUGUCAAGUUGGAGGCGUGAUGUCUGUGUUCUCACCGUGAGCUUGCUUUAAACGUUCAUUCCUUUCUUCUUCUUUUUUUUUUUUUUUGGUACGGAUCCGCCUCCACGUUGACCAUCGUUCUUUAUUCUGCCGCCACUUUUUAUGCUCCAAUCAAUGCGACUCUCUUUAUUUGCCUAUAAAUUGUCUUGUUGCUCUGAUUACGUUGUCGGACAAAUAUACUGCAGAUUGACUUGAAACACUCUCAUUUGUCUUGUCUUUUCUGCAACAUUUUGAUGCUGUCAAUAAACUGGGCAUGUAUUUAAAAUUCCUCAAA